UUGUAAAUUACUGAUAACUGACGAAGUAGCAGGAUUCAGCUGCUCACAGACAGCGUUUGGUUUGCACCUCACUCGGUGUCCACUGUCUGAUCAUGAAUUACCUGUGGCGAUGUUUUUUUGUUUUUGUAGUUGCCACAGCAUUUGAGAUGUCCGAAGAUAGUAAUCCUGAUAUCCAAGUUACAUGUGGGGAACAGUCUGUUCAUGUUAAGUGGAAACUGGACAAAUCAAUGACUGGAAAUCCUGCUCGACUUUUCUUGGGUAGCUGUUUUCCUUCACAGUUCUUAAACACGUCAAAUGGAGGAGCAGAGGCAGACUUUUACUAUCCACUUAGUGAGUGUGAGUUUAGACGGACGGCCACAUGGAAAUACUUGGUGUACGAGAACAAGCUAACCUACAGGCCAUUGCCAAAGCCCAACCCUCCUUCUUUCACCUAUCCAGUUAGAUGUGUGAAUAACAGGCCAAAGGGUUGGACUCCUGCCUUCCAGAGCCUUUCUACUGGUGCAAUACAAGGUCAUGGAGAACUGGCUUUUCACAUGGCGAUUCUCAAUCAUGAUUUCAGUGGCCCUGCAGAAUCCAGUGUCUUUCCGCUGGGAUCUUUUGUACCUAUUUGGGCUGGUGUUAACCAGCAGGCCCAUCAGCCACUGGUGUUGCUUCUAGAGGAAUGCAUAGCCUCUACAACCCUCGAAAUCUACCCGGAUACUCUUAUGUAUCCAAUCAUCACCAAUAAAGGGUGUCUUGUGGAUGGUAAGAAAAGUUUCUCCAAGUUUUUACCAAGAACUCACUCCUCCUCGAUCCUGCUUCACCUUCAAGCAUUCAGAUUCGCCGUGGGACAAGAGGUCUAUAUCCAUUGCAAAUUAAUUGCAUGGGACCCUGACAACCUCAACGAAGCGAAGAAGGCCUGCAAUUAUAAUAAAGCCACAGGAGAAUGGGAGCUUUUGGAUGACCCUUUCCAGAGUUCUCUUUGUCAGUGCUGUGAUUCAACAUGUGGAGGUCGUGGAAAGAGGGACACGGAUUCCGCACCUCAAGGACUGGUACUAAAGUCUGUGUUAGGGCCUUUGAGAAUCACUGAAGAUUCAGCAUGAUUUUACUCUGACAUGCCAUCCUUCAUCUCAGAGGAAGGUUCUUUAUUCAUGAUCUGAAGGAGUCAUUAGGAGCAGCCAAAGAAAUCAUUAGAUUUUUUUUUUUUUGACUGCUUCAAAUUUUAUACAUCUUGAUGUUGUUCAUUAAAAGACUGUGAACCAUC